UUCUUAUCUUAACAAUGGCUACAACAAGUUUACUUUCCAGCUCUUUUUUGAUUGUUUUCUUAGCUAUUGCAUCCAUUACCGUUACUUGCUAUGCUCAAAAUGAAGACAGAAAGGUUUAUAUUGUGUACAUGGGUGAGCUUCCAACUGAGAGUGUAUAUACCCCAAUGUCUCACCACCAAACUAUUCUUCAAGAUGUUCUCGAGGGAAGUUCAGUCCAGGACACAUUAGUUCACAGUUACAAAAGGAGUUUUAAUGGAUUUUCCGCAAAACUCACUGAAAAAGAAGUUCAAAAGCUAUCUGGUAUGGAGGGAGUAGUAUCGGUCUUUCCAAAUCGAGUCUACCAACUUCAAACUACCAGGUCUUGGGACUUUAUAGGCCUCCCUGAGAAAGUGAAACGAAUGGCUAAUGUUGAAAGUAAUACCAUAGUUGGUGUCAUCGACAGUGGGAUCUGGCCAGAGUCUGAAAGUUUCUCUGAUGAAGGAUUUGGUCCUCCUCCUAAGAAAUGGAAGGGUGUCUGUGAGGGUGGUGACGAUUUCCCCUGCAACAACAAGCUCAUUGGUGCCCGAUUCCAUGGAGACGUCGGAGAAUCUGCUAGGGACACACAAGGCCAUGGUACUCACACUUCAUCAACUGCUGCUGGAAGUAUUGUUAAGGGUGCUAGCUUCUAUGAUAUCGCAAAAGGCAACGCCAGGGGAGCAGUUCCCUCGGCUAGGAUCGCGGCUUACAAAGUUUGUGGCUCUGAUGGUUGUCAAUCAGAUGCAAUUUUGGCUGGAUUUGAUGAUGCAAUUGCUGAUGGAGUGGACAUUCUUUCAGUGUCACUGGGUGGUACUGAUCCAGCUAGCUUUGACACCGACCCUGUUGCCAUCGGGUCUUUCCAUGCUAUGAAGAAAGGGAUACUCACUUCACAUUCCGCCGGUAACAGUGGACCUGAACCACAGACAGUGACCAGUAACGCACCUUGGGUAUUAUCCGUGGCGGCAAGCAGUACUGAUCGACGGGUCGUCAACAAAAUUGUCUUAGGAAAUGGAAAGACGCUUCAGGGUCUUGGUGUGAACGGUUUCAAGUUGAAGGGAACUAAAUUCCCGCUUCUGUAUGGGAAUAAUGUUUCAACCACAUGUGAAACUUUCUCAGCAAGGAGUUGCGAGACUGGUUGUCUGGACAAAGACUUGGUUGAAGGGAAAAUUGUCAUUUGUGAUUCAGCUAAGGCAGUAACCGAGGCUUUUACAUCCGGAGCUCAAGGAACCAUCCUGGUUUCAGAUCCUUCAUUUGCACGUUUCGAUGUGUCUUCAGUUUAUCCCUUGGCAGCUUCACUAAUAAACACUACGAAUGGUGACAUUGUCAAGUCUUAUUUCAAGUCUGCCCGAAAGCCUGUUGCCACCAUUUUACCAACCGAAUCAGUAAAAGAUUCUCACGCUCCUGUAGUAGUUUCGUUUUCGUCUCGGGGACCAAACUCAAUCUCACCCGACAUCGUCAAGCCGGAUGUUAGCGCACCAGGAGUGGAUAUAUUGGCUGCAUUCUCGCCUGUGGCUAAUCCUUCAACCGUUGCCGGUGAUACUAGGUCAGUGAAGUACAACAUACUCUCUGGGACAUCAAUGGCAUGCCCUCAUGCAACGGGAGCAGCAGCUUACGUUAAAACAUACCAUCCUGAUUGGUCUCCUUCUGCUAUAAAGUCUGCUCUUAUGACCACAGCUUUCGCUAUGAACAAUACAAAGAAUUCUGAAGGUGAAUUUGCUUAUGGGUCUGGUCAAAUUGAUCCUGUGAAGGCUCUAAAUCCUGGUCUAGUUUAUGACGCACAUGCAGAUGACUACGUCAGAUAUUUAUGUGGUUUGGGUUUCGACUCGUCUAAAGUAAAGCUCAUCACAAGCAGUACUUGCCCCAGGGGAUCAACUGCAUCUGAUUAUUCUAGGAAUCUAAAUUAUCCUUCAUUUGGUGCUCAUGUCGAAGCUGGCGAAACCAUCAACUUAAAGUUUACAAGAACAGUGACCAAUGUUGCCAAGACAGAAUCAACGUACAAGGUGAAGGUUACAUCGGAUGAUAGAAUUACAGUGUCAGUUGAACCUAAGGUCCUUACUUUCGACUCACCCAACGAGAAGAAGAAGUUUGUUGUAACUGUAACUGGAGAUGGAUUGGGUUCAGAUGAAAUGGCAACUGCGUCACUGGUAUGGUCUGAUGAGGUUCACACUGUCAGAAGCCCAAUUGUUGUCUAUUCGCAGUCUAUACUCUAUCUAGGCUAGGAGUGAGUAAACUUCAGAUUUCCAUUUCCAUUGUUGAUAUGUGAGCAAAUUCUCUAUUCACAGCUUGCAGGCUUUUCAUCUGUGUGUUAUUAUUCAUUGUAGUUGUAAUUCCUCUAUAAAUAUAAAGGUUUUACUAAUAAUUUUGUA